GAGAGAGAGAGAGAGAGAGGAUUAAGAAUUUGAGACAGAGAGAGAGAGAGUGAGAAUGAGCAAAGAAAAAGACAAAAACAGAGCAGCUUCACCUUCGUCUUACGGCACGUUUCAAGGUAUUCCUACUUAUCCACCACCGUCGCAUCACCGUCCUCCGUCGCAUCAUCGUCCUCCGUCGCAUCAUCCGGUCACCGGAUUUCCUCAGCCGUCUCGGCCUCACGGAGCAACUCAUCACGACAUUUCCGUUCAUCAAUACAUUCACGAACAUCAAACCGUUACUGGAUAUGCUGUUGGUGAAGGAAGACAUGUAAGAGAAGACCGUCUUCCUUGCUGUGGUCUUGGACUCGGUUGGUUCUUGUUCUUAACCGGUUUCCUCUGCGCAAUCCCAUGGUACGUAGGCGUAUUCAAUAUAGUAUGUGCUAAGAUAAAUCCACGAGAGAAACCAGGAUACGUAGCUUGCACCGUCGCAGCUGCUCUUGCUACAAUUGGAAUAAUUUUAAGUCUCAUGGAAGGAAGCGGAUGGUCAUGAAGUGUUCUCGACAAGUAAAUGAAAUCAUUGUUCAUCAAAGGUACCUUGAAACUGUGUUAUUCUUUUGGUAUUGAUAAUACCUAAAUCCGUGUGUUCGUGGUUGUCUGAAAAUGGAACUGCGUUUGCAAUAAAAUCAAAAGCUUAUUUUGGCUUAUACAGAAAUUGAAUGUUUCAUCAAGGAACAUUCUCAUACUAAUGGUUAUGCAGGGGAUUGAAUAAAGUCAAGACUUUUCUUUCACAUUCUCACACAAACACUUUUCCCCAAUUCAGAUCACUGAAGUAAAUUCUCAACUACAUAGUAACCCAUUUAAGAUCCAUCAAUCAUGUUCCUUGAACAAGCGAACAAGCCAUGCUUUCCAAGAAAGCAACAUUUGUUGUUUUGUAAAGAAAGAUAAAACGCAAACAAAACAGGAAACGAAAACCAGAACACUGCAACUCUGGUUUAUAGAGAAGUCAGGCAGCCAAGGAGGAAGCUCAAUACUACAUACAAGGCAUCAAAACCUGAAUCGUUCAUCUGAAAACCGCUCUUGAUAAAACCGGUGAUACUUCUUCAAUAUUCAGAUUAAACUACAUCUAUUCGA